UAUAUGUUUGUAGCAAUAGAUUGUGUGAUAAGCAAUGUUUGACUGUUUGUAUCAAUAGAUGUCAUUGAAUGCAGUGUUGAAUGCAUUGAAUGAAUGCAUUGAAUGAAUGUUUUGCUGAAUCACUGAACUUCUCGUUACAAACAAUUUGACAAUUGAUUUGAUCCAUCAAUUUAUCACAUCUUAAGACACAUUUAGUGACACCUAAUGGAGGGACUGAUUGGUAUCCGUUUCGAUAACUUUUGUUUGAUGGCUUCGGACCGAUUGGCCGCUCACUCGAUAAUUGUUGUCAAAAGUGAUGAGAAGAAGUUGUAUCCAUUGAGUGAUCACUUGUUGCUCGGUGUCAAUGGAGAAGCCGGAGAUACGGUUCAGUUUGCAGAGUUCAUUGAGAAGAAUAUAAGUUUGUAUUCAAUGAGAAAUGGAUUUGAAUUGAGUCCUUCUUCAGCCAAUCAGUUCAUUCAACGCAAUUUAGCCGAUUAUCUUCGCUCAAGAACUCCAUAUCAAGUGAACCUUUUAUUGGCUGGUUAUGACACGAUAACUAAUAAACCAGAACUUUAUUUUAUGGAUUAUUUGGCCACUGCUUGUGCCGUACCUUACGGUAUGCAUGGCUACGGAUCCUUUUUCGGUACUUCAAUACUUGACAGAAAUUAUAAAAGCAAUUUGACUGUUGAUGAAGGACUGGAACUGCUUAAGAAAGUGGUUCAUGAAAUUCAGAAAAGAUUGGUCAUUAAUUUGCCCGCAUUUCAAGUGGCAAUUGUCGAUAAAGACGGUGUCCGACAACUCGAUGAUAUUGUCUUCGAUCCGAAUGCUAUUGGACUCAACAAGAGUUUACAGUUACCCGUUGGCCAACAACCGGUUCCAAUGAGUCAUUAAUUGUCACGUUUUGUAUUAUUUAUAUUUGCAAACUCUUUGAUUCAGUUUAAAUAAACAUUGAAUU